AUGAAGGUGAACACGGCGCAGUUCAUGGCGCUCUAUGCCUGGUAUUCCUGGCCCAACGUGGUUCUUUGCUUCUUUGGAGGUUUUCUGAUAGACAGAGUUUUUGGGAUACGGUUGGGCACGAUAAUAUUUAGUGUCUUUGUUUGUAUCGGGCAGGUAAUUUUUGCUUUGGGAGCACUACUUAAUACUUUCUGGCUGAUGGAUGUGGGCAGAUUUGUCUUUGGAAUAGGUGGAGAGUCCUUAGCAGUGGCCCAAAACACCUAUGCAGUCAGCUGGUUUAAAGGCAAGGAGUUAAAUCUCGUGUUUGGAUUACAGCUGAGCAUGGCCAGAAUUGGGAGCACAGUGAACAUGAAUAUCAUGGGAUGGGUGUACUCUCGAGUUCAAGACCUUCUCGGUUAUACUGGUCCCAGUACUCUUGGGUUAACGCUCAUGAUAGGGGGUGUCACUUGUCUCUUCUCACUGUCCUGUGCAUUGAUGCUUGCUUACUUGGACAGGAGGGCAGAGAAGCUGCUGUCUAAAGAGCAAGGGAAGACGGGUGAAGUGAUUAAGCUAACGGAUGUGAAGGACUUCUCUUUGUCCUUGUGGCUGAUCUUUGUGAUCUGUGUCUGUUACUAUGCAGCAAUUUUUCCUUUCAUUGGACUUGGAAAGGUUUUCUUUAUUGAGAAGUUCAACUUCUCCUCUCAAGAAGCAAGUGCAAUUAACAGUAUUGUGUAUAUCAUAUCAGCACCCAUGUCCCCCAUCUUCGGAUUCCUGGUAGAUAAACUUGGAAAGAACAUCAUCUGGGUUUUAUGUGCUGUAAUCACUACACUUGCUUCUCACAUUAUGUUGGCUUUCACCUUCUGGAACCCCUGGAUAGCAAUGUGUCUGCUUGGAGUGGCCUACUCAUUGCUUGCCUGUGCCCUGUGGCCCAUGGUGGCCUUUGUUGUUCCAGAUCACCAGCUGGGAACUGCUUAUGGCUUUAUGCAGUCCAUCCAGAACCUGGGCCUGGCAGUUAUUGCUAUAGCUGCUGGGAUGAUCCUGGACACAAGAGGAUACUUGUUUCUUGAAGUCUUCUUCAGUGCUUGUGUUUGCUUGUCACUAAUAGCUGUAGUCAUGCUGUAUUUUGUAAAUCACCUCACAGGUGGUGAUCUCAACUGGUCUGCAAAGAAAAGGGAAAAAAUGCAAAAAGUAGCUGCAACUGAGUAA